AUGAUGGAUCGAUACAGCAUUGUCGUCAGCUUCGUGGCUGCCUUGGGAAGCUGCUUUUAUGGCGGUACUGCUCAGUACGCAAACUGCAACGGCACGGUCACCGACAUAGGCAACGGACAAUGCGAUGCGGUGCUGAAUGUUCCUUCAUGCGGCUAUGAUGGGGGUGAUUGCUGUCCGUGCACGUGUGUUGACGGCCCAACGCACUCCUGCUCCACGAGCGACUUCGACUGCAUGUACCCUGACUGUGGGGGCUCAGAAUGCCACGAGGACUGGGCAAAGGACGGGUUUUGCGAUUUGGUCAACAAUCAUCCUUCAUGUGACUACGAUGGCGGAGAUUGCUGCGAGUGUUCCUGUAUCGACGGCCCAGACUACGGAUGCGGCUCCAUUGGCUUCGCCUGUCUGGACCCUGACUGCGGCAAUACGACAGAAACCGCGCCCGAAAAUACAACUUGUGAGGAAAGCUGGAUGAACGAUGGAUAUUGUGAUUCGUCCAACAACUACCCUUCGUGCGACUACGAUGGCGGGGAUUGUUGCGAGUGUUCCUGUGUCGACGGCCAUGACUACGAAUGUGGCUCCAACGGAUUCUCCUGUCUGGACCCAGCCUGCUUCGACCCUGCUCUUGUCGCUGAGUUCCCUGAUUGCGAUGCGGGUUGGUUGGGGCUCGGCGAUGGAUUUUGCGACUCGGAACUAAAUACAGCUUCGUGCGGCUGGGACGGAGGCGACUGCUGUGUGUGUAGCUGCAACGGGACGGCGUGUUCGAUCAGUGAUUUUGACUGUUUCGAUCCCAACGCUGACGAGUUCUUUGAGUGCCAGGCACCACCGCCCGCUACUCUGCCGUGUUCAGUCGAGGUUCAGCUGACGUGGCUGGUGGAAACCCCGCUGCAGGCACAGACCCUGGCAGCAGCCGUCAACUGCAGUGGCUCGUUCGAGGUGGAGUGGAGAGGGAGAGUGGCUAUCGUUGACCCGAUCUACAUCGGCGGCGGAACCGUUCUGACCAUUACUGGUGACGGCGCGAGUUCUGUCAUAGACGGGAAUACAUUGACGAGGCUGUUUACCGUGAACAACGCCGUGCUGCACCUGAGCAACCUGAACAUCAGCAACGGCGCUAGCAUCGUUGGUGGGGCAAUCGCCGCGGCAAACUCCAGCUUGACGUUCAACGGAACGAACUUUGUCGGUAACCAAGCCACCAGGUACGGGGGCGGCGUGUACGUGAUCGAUGGCUCCGACGUGUCUUGUGUCGGCGGCGGGACACUAGCCGAUAAUACGGCGGACGUCGAUGGUGGCGCCAUGUUCGUGACCGGCGACUCAGUUGUUUCCUGCGGGAGCUCGUGGGUCAACAAUUCGGCAGGCAACAGCGGAGGCGCGGUUGUGGUGCACGACGGCUCCAGCAUAUCGUGGGGUGAUGGGGCCACAUUUGCUGCUAAUAGUGCUGGGUGGGGUGGUGCUGUGAGGCUGAGUAACGGAUCGCAUGCAUCAUGGAGCGGUGAAACAGCGUUUAAUGAGAACAAGGCAGCUUAUUACGGAGGGGCAUUCGUCGUCUUCGAUGGAUCGUCUGCCGGCUGGACAGGGGACACAUUGCUUGCAGACAACCAAGCCGGGCUGUAUGGGGGAGCCAUUGCAGUCGUAAACUCUCACGUGUCCUGCGAUUCCGAAGGCCUGACUAGCACGUUUUCGGGCAAUGCGGCCCAGUCUGACGGCGGCGCCGUCUACCUGUACUCUGAAUCCAGCAUCGCCCUUAGCGGCAGCAUUGUCUUCGACGGCAACAGCGCAGUUGAAGGGGGCGGUGGCGCCAUCGUCAUCUCGAGCAACUGCUCGGCGACAUGGGACGGUCUCAUGAGCUUCACCGGCAAUAGCGCGAACCUUUCUGGGGGUGCCUUGAUGGCAUUUGACGCGCGGCACGUCGGUUGCAGUGGAGAAACGAAGUUUUCAGGCAACUCGGCGACGGUUGGCUGGGGGGGGGGUGUCUUUCUCGCAAACUCGAGUAUGUCAUGGAGUGGGAAGAUGGAAAUGACGAACAACACAGCCGAUUUGGGUGGGGGAGCGAUCUUCAUGACCUCGUCGGCAGUCUCCUGGACUGGAGACACAGCAGUGUUUGCAGACAAUCAAGCCGGUGAGGGGGGCGCGGUGGCUGCUGCCGACAACUCGACUUUGUCUUGGAGCGAGGACAUUUCCCGCGAUACCGACGGGCCGACGAGCACGUUUUCGGGAAAUACAGCUCAGUAUAAUGGUGGUGCCGUCUCCCUGAACUCUGAAUCUAGCAUUGCCCUUGGCGGCAACUCUUCCUUCGACGGCAACAGCGCAGUUGAUGGAGGCGGUGGCGCCAUUGCUAUCGGGGGCAACUGCACGGCUAUCUGGGGCGGUCUCAUGAGCUUCACUGGCAAUAGCGCCAACCUUACCGGGGGUGCCUUGAUGGCAUGGGACGCUCGGUAUGUCGGUUGCAGUGGAGAAACCGAGUUUGUGGGCAACUCGGCGACGGUCGACUGGGGGGGAGGUAUUUGUCUCGCAUACUCGACAAUGUCGUGGAGCGGGAAAAUGGAGAUGAAGAACAACACGGCCGGUUGGGCUGGGGGAGCAAUCUUCUUGGGCAUGUCGGAAGUCUCCUGGACUGGAGACACAGUGUUUGCAGACAAUCGAGCCGGCGCGGGGGGCGCGGUAUAUGUCGCCGUCAACUCAAAUUUAUCUUGGAGCGGGGACGGCAACACCGUGUUUGAUGACAACCAAGCCGGGUAUGGGGGAGCCAUUGCAGUCCAAGACUCUCACGUGUCCUGCGAUACCGAAGAACCGACGAGCACGUUUUCGGGUAACUCGGCUCAGUAUGAUGGUGGUGCCGUCCACCUGGAGUUUGAAUCCAGCAUCGCCCUUAGUGGGAACACCGUUUUCCACGGCAACAGCGCAGUUCGAGGGGGCGGUGGCGCCAUUACUAUCGAGAGCAACUGCACGGCUGCAUGGGACGGUCUCAUGAGCUUCACCGGCAAUAGCGCGAACCUUUCUGGGGGUGCCUUGAUGGCAUUGGACGCACUUCACGUCGGGUGCAGUGGAGAAACGAAGUUUUCAGGCAACUCGGCGACGGUUGGCUGGGGGGGGGGUGUCCUUCUCGCAAACUCGAGUAUGUCAUGGAGUGGGAAGAUGGAAAUGACGAACAACACAGCCGAUUUGGGUGGGGGAGCGAUCUUCAUGACCUCGUCGGCAGUCUCCUGGACUGGAGACACAGCAGUGUUUGCAGACAAUCAAGCCGGUGAGGGGGGCGCGGUGGCUGCUGCCCACAACUCGACUUUGUCUUGGAGCGAGGACAUUUCCCGCGAUACCGACGGGCCGACGAGCACGUUUUCGGGAAAUACAGCUCAGUAUAAUGGUGGUGCCGUCUCCCUGAACUCUGCAUCUAGCAUUGCCCUUGGCGGCAAUACUUCCUUCGACGGCAACAGCGCAGUUGAUGGAGGCGGUGGCGCCAUUGCUAUCGGGGGCAACUGCACGGCUAUCUGGGGCGGUCUCAUGAGCUUCACCGGCAAUAGCGCCAACCUUACCGGGGGUGCUUUGCUGGCCAUCGACGCUCUGUGCGUCUGCUCUGGAGAAACGAAGUUUUCGGGCAACUCGGCGAGGAUUGCCGGAGGGGGUGUUGUUCUCUUACGCUCGGAUAUGACGUGGAGUGGGAAGAUGGAAAUGACGAACAACACGGCCGGUUGGACUGGGGGAGCAAUCUUCGUGGGUACGUCGGAAGUCUCCUGGACUGGAGACACCGAGUUCCUUGAGAACAAGGCGGACGCCGGGGGAGCAGUGUCGGCCGUCGACAGCGUCCGUUUGUCAUGGAGUGAUGGAACUACAACGUUCACCGAUAAUUCAGCAACGAUCUCAGGUACAUUCCUCGAAGGAGGUGCGCUGUAUGUUGGCAUCGACUCUGAAGUCUCCUGGAGCAGCGAAACAACUUUUACUGGCAACGAGGCUAAUUCGUCCGGGGGGGCAAUAUUUAUUUACGAUGGGUCUUUGGUGGGAUGGACAGGGCAUACCAAAUUCUCUUCUAAUUCAGCUGGUGCUGACGGAGGUGUGGUUGGUUCAUCGGUAAUGGACCCUGAAUUUAAUAGAGAGUCUAACCUCACCAUCAACGGCCACACGAUCUUCACUAACAACACCUGUGGAGCGAACGGGGGUGUUUUAGCUCUGCUUGGCGGAGGGUUGCACGUGGAGUUCGGCGCGGCGGGUGUGGUCUUCAGUAACAACACAGCGGCCGUCGCGGGUGGUGCCGUGUUCGUAUCUGGAGCCGAUGUCGGUCCGGUACUUUCGGACGUACUUUUCGAGGCCAAUGUUGCGCAGGUCGGAGGCGCUGUCUCCACGGUAGGGUCUGGGAACUUGAAGGAAUAUGCUGGCCUUGCGCCGCCAAACCCGACGAUUUUCACCCGGUGCCGAUUCGUCAACAACCAAGCGGCAGCUACCGGUGGUGCUGUGGAAACCGCGGCCGGACAAGAUGUCUUUGUUGACUGCUUAUUCAAGAACAACCAGGCGGGGACGGGGGGGGCUCUGAGGCUGGCAGGAACAGCGACACUGGAAAAUUGCUCUUUCGUGGAAAACGUAUCGGAGGACGGUGGGGGAGCGGCCGUGUCCAACAUCGGCUCCAUUUCAAAGAUGGACAACAUCUCGUACAGGGGCAACGUCUUCUCAUGCGCCUUGGGCAUGUUUCUGGACUUCAAUGCGUCGGGUGACCCCAAUGAGGCCGCCUGCGACGGAUGCCAGACGCCUUGCGACGACGACGGGUGCUUCGAGGAACCGCCUUUGGUCCCGAUAUGCGCGUUAGCGAUGGAGCACACGGGUAGCGCUGGUGGUACCAACAACAUCACAUUGCUGAGGGUUGAUGACGGCUUUUGGCGGGCGACCCCGUACGCCAUAGACGUCCUCCCAUGCUACAAUGCCAACGCCUGCCUCGCGGGUGUAACUAAUUCAAGCGGCUCCUGCCUUGACGGCUAUGAAGGACCAUACUGCUCCAUUUGUAGCGAUGGGUACACUGCAGGACUGAGCUUCAAGUGCAGCGAGUGCUCCGACAGCGCAGGCGGCAUCAUUCUUGCAUCCUUUCUUGCGGUGGUUGCGCUGUUGGUUGCCGUUGCGGUGGUUUCUUACGUGGUGUCGGACAAGGUCGGCGAAGGAAGUAGGGGGACCGUCGAGCGCCUGGGGCGGUACAUCCCCCUCCAAUCUGCCAAGAUCGUGGUUGUAUCCUGGCAGAUAUUGACUCAGUUUACCGCCGUGGCGAAUGUCACGUACCCGGAUGUGUACCAGCGCUUUCUCGACGGCUUGGGCGUAUUCAAUUUCGACCUCAGCUGGGUGCUCUCCGCCGGUUGCAUCGUUGUUGUCGAUUUCCACGACCGGCUGCUGAUUUCGACAAUCGGCCCUAUCGUCGCCUUGCUGUUCCUCUGUUGGACCUACGCCGCGGCCACCCGCAUCAACCGCGGAGCGACAGAGACACUGCAGGUCAUCUGGAACAGGCAUGUGUCCAUGGUGCUGCUAUUGACGGUAUUCGUGUACUCAAGCGUCAGCUCCACUCUGUUCCAGACGUUUGCAUGCGAAUCGCUCGCCGACGGUGAAACGUACCUUAGGGCCGAUUACCGCAUCACGUGCGACUCCUCGAAGCACAAAGCCUUGCAGGUGUACGCAGGCGUUAUGGUUGUGGUGUACACUGUGGGCAUCCCCGCGCUCUACGGCGUUCUUCUAUUCAGGGAUCGUGAUGUCUUGAAGAGGAGCGGGGCUGAUCGAGAAGAGACUGCCCGUGUCAUUUCGACCUCCGAAUUGUGGAAACCGUACAAGCCGUCGGUGUUUUACUACGAGGUAAUCGAAUGCGGUAGAAGAGUGUUGCUUGCCGGUGUGGUGGUGUUCAUCUACCCCAACACAGCACCCCAGAUCGCCAUAACGCUGCUGAUGGCCUUCGCGUUCGUCGUGGUGUCAGAAGGGUUGGCUCCUUACGCAUCUAGGUGGGAUACCUGGCUCAGUCGUAUGGGCCAUGCAGUGGUGUUCGUGAGCAUGUACGUGGCUCUCUUGCUGAAGGUGGACGUGUCCAAUGAGCGGGUCGAAAGUCAAAGGGUUUUCGAAGUCGUUCUAGUCGCUGCCCAUGCUUGCAUGAUACUGGUGAUUGUGAUUGAAACGGUGGUGCUCACGUGUGCUUUAACGGUAGGGGAGCGAGAUGGCCCGGCCCUCCGAUUCUGGAAGGCGUUAUUCCGGUCACGGCAAGAGACCAUCCCCUCUUCCGAUGAUGUCUCUGAGGUUGAACUAUCGCCCAUUGGCUGA